GCCAGCCGCGGCUGCGGACUCGCCAGUCCCGGCAGGAGCGGGUCAGAGUCGCAGCCUGAGCCCGCCAUGGAGCAGCCCAGGAAGGCGGUGGUGGUGACGGGGUUUGGCCCUUUUGGGGAACACACUGUGAACGCCAGCUGGAUUGCAGUCCAGGAGCUGGAGAAGCUGGGGCUCGGCGACAGCGUGGACCUGCACGUGUAUGAGAUCCCAGUCGAGUACAAGACGGUGCAGAGGCUCAUCCCUGCCCUGUGGGAGAAGCACAGCCCACAGCUCGUGGUGCAUGUGGGGGUGUCGGGCAUGGCGACUGCGGUCACACUGGAGAAGUGCGGGCAUAACAAGGGCUACAAGGGGCUGGACAACUGCCGCUUCUGCCCCGGCUCCCAGUGCUGCGUGGAGGACGGGCCCGAAAGCAUUGACUCCAUCAUCGACAUGGAUGCUGUAUGUAAGAGGGUCACCACGCUGGGCCUGGACGUGUCAGUGACCAUCUCCCAAGAUGCCGGCAGGUACCUCUGCGACUUCACCUACUACACCUCUCUGUACCAGAGUCACGGCCGCUCAGCCUUUGUUCACGUGCCCCCGCUGGGCAAGCCGUACAACGCAGACCAGCUGGGCAGGGCGCUGCAGGCCAUCAUCGAGGAGAUGCUGGACGUCCUGGAGCAGUCAGAAGGCAAAAUCAGCUGUCGCCACAAACACUGAGAGCCUCUUAGGCCUCCCAGGACCUCGUCCCACUCGGAACCCCAGGGGGAACGUCUGCCUUCUGGGGCCUGGCCGAGGAGGAUAAGCCUGGCCGCUGGGCGUCUGAUUUGGACCAGUAUUCCGACUUACAUACCUCCUCUCUCUUCUUCUCCGCAAAAGGGCUGGUCGAUUGGCAAGGGGUGGCUGAAGAUUGUUCCUCUAUUGCCCUUUGCUUUAGAGGACACAGCCACGAUGGCCGGGAAGCCAGUGGGUCCCGAUCUCCAUAGGGAAUCCCCGUCGAGUGGAUCUCUGCUCUUCGAUCCCACGGCUGGGGCCACCUGUUCAGCGGCCUGUCUGAGUCUCUGAUGAAGGGAUUCUGGCAUUCCCUUCAUCCAUGGCUGGUUUUUCCAAAACUCCUUGAAAUGUCUUUGCCCUGAUUCAUGUCCCAACAGCCUGGGCAGCCCUGGGAAGGGCUGCCUUGGGAUAUGACAGGGCUGCUUUUUUUUUUUUUUCUCUCUCUCUCUUUCUCUUUCUUAUUCUCUUUUUAAAAAACAAUAGUGCUAGUUUGGGCACGCAGGAAUUUAUAGUCCCUUUGGUUAAAACGCGGCCUUUAGCCAACAACAAAGUAUCUUUUCUUUUUCCUCGGGUGCCGCCCAUUCUGCCUCUCUUCAAAAACCAGACCUACAUCUUUCUGCCCAAGCUGACAUCAAGUUCCCUUUUCUCGGGGCGGACAGGAUGUUUGGCCAGGCCAUGAAGGAGUGGGAGCUGCUGCUGCCCCAGGUGGUUCAAAAGGUGGGCUGACCCUUGAAACUGACCAGAGUGGUGAGCUGUCCCCUGGGGUCCUCUGGAGCGAGGCUGCCGGGGGGAAAAGCAGACCUUGUCAUUUUGACAUGCACAUGACUUUGGAUUUUUUUAAUACGUAAAAACGUGCAGCAGCUGCAAACCCAGCCCACAUCUGGCCUGCGGUUUUGCAGACUCGGUGUUGGGGACCAGCUUUUUGCUCUCCUUAUUGAGGGCGCCAGAAGGGGCCCAGGGGCUGGAGUUUGCCGAACUCCACGUGUGCCAGCCUGUUGGUGCAGGAGGGUGGCCGAGCGGUCAGUGGGCUUUCGUGUGGAUGGUUUUUGGAGCCACGCCCAGGACUUGGGAGUAAAUUUUGAUCUCACUCCCUGGGAACUUUGAACGUGACCAGCUGGGGAUGAGAGUGAGGCCACCCAGUUGGGCCUUGAUACUCGUCUGAGGGAGAGAAUGACAACAGCGACCAGGAAGCCAACCGAGGAUGCACACAUUCGGGAAGGUUCCUCUGUGGGAGACUGUGGCUUCAUCACGCCCCUGAGUGUGAGGUGCACUGGAAUCUGAUGCCGAGUCGGAGCGUGUCGCUGUUUCCCAGCAUGCAGUUCUUUUGAAAACAGACGAGGGUUUGGUUUGGUUUGGUUUUCUUCAACGUUCACUUCCUCCUCGCUUGUUCCGAUGGCUAGGGGAGGUCCUGCCUCCGCUGAGCUGCUGUGUCGCUGGGGAACCGGCUUGAUGGGUUUCUGAGUUAAAUGCAUGUUCAGAGUCCUGGGUUUCCUCUGGAGGGGGCAGUGGGUGACUUGGGGCCUGCACUUGGCAAUGGGUGUGGGCUGUGGCUGGCAGGUUGAAAUGAUUGGGACUCUGUCCUCUCUCCAUGCCGGCCUGCCUUCUACCAGAAAUGCCCCUUUCACGUCCCCAGUCUGAGUUUGGAGUCUCCUGAGAAAUCUGCAGUGUGGGAUUCCAGGAGCAGAAAUUGUGGGUCUUCUGAGUAUGGGAGCUCAAGGCUCAUGGGUCCCCCCGAGGUCCUAUUCAGAACAUCCAGUGUCCUGUAGCUUUCUUCCCCGAAGGUCUGAUCUGCAGGGGUCCGAGGAGGAAAUGAAGCCAAGCAAGAUGGCGGAGGAAGGGGCGGAGGGGUCCUGAAGAUGAGCCAGGUCUGUGCUUAGCUGGGUACCCGCUAGGACCCAGACACACCAUCCCCAAACUCCACAUUUUCAUCUUUCUUUUGUCUUCAUCUCGCCUCUCUGUUUGAAGCAUCAUGUAAUUCAGACAUUUAGAGCUGUAACUUAUUGUCCGAUCAUUGUCGAGUGUAUGUAUGUCAUUUUUGUGUUCCUGCAAUGAUUUUAGAUUUCCUCACCAAGUUCAGCCGGAAUCCUCUCCUUGUCCAAGGGCAUUUCGCUCCUUCUUAUUUAAUCAGACAGCCAUUAAACAUUUCACCCACCUCCUGCCAGCUUUUUUAUUGUCCAAUUUUCGGGCAAACUCACCUGUUCUCUCCAUGGCGUGUCUGUCUGCAUUUGUUAAGCCUCGGACUAGAAUGUCCUUGUGCGAGAAGGGAGUACCAAGCCCCAUUCUUCCUCCCUCACCAUCCGCAGGGUCUCAGGGGGAAGGGUCACGCAGAAUGGGGUGAAGUGGGUGUGGCUUAGCAGCAUGUGGAAGGGAGAGAGGCUGAGAGAGGUGGGUGCAGCAAGUGUGAGUGGUAGGAAGAUGGGCAGAGGAUGUGGUGGGAAGGCUGUUGGGGGAAUCUCAUAGGAGGGCGGAGGGGCGCCUCUCCCUGGGCCCCCACAGUGGGGUGCAGAGGUGGGGGACGGAGACAGCAAUAGUCAUCUGGGUGUCUGGUGAUGGCAUCUCCUUCAAGGGGCUUGAGCCUCUGCACCUCAUACUUUUCUUCUCUCAGCCCCUUUGGUUUCCCCUUCCUCACCAAAAAGAAGGUCAGUGGUAGGUACGUGAGUGUGUAGCUUGAGAAAAAGAUAAGGAGUGGUCAGAGAGAAAGAAAGGCGGGAAGAAGCAGGAAUUUGAGUGAGUGGCCUGGGUUUGUGCCACCUGGCCCACCUGGUCCAGUCAAGGAACAGCCAAGGUCCCUUGGCCCCUGGGAGAGACGGGGCCAGGUGGGGGACAGAAGUCAUGGCUUCCCAGGUGGCGCCGGGUGUUGGGAGGAAACGUCAGAUUGCAAUAGUUUAUCCAGGCAAAUGCUUUUCAGCCACCUUGCUCUUUGCUGGCACGGUAACUUCUAGAACAGAAAGGGCCUGCCCAGGGGGACGGCUGAAAAAGUAGAUCCAGGAUGCCUUUUUGUUGUCUUAGAAGUUUCUGCCAGGAGGCCAGGCCAGCUGGUGUGUGAGCACACCCGCACGCCUGUGUCCCUCGAGGGUGACUGGGCCGGGAAGGGGAGCCGCUCCUGCAGACCCGCCCACCACACCAGCCUCUUUUCUGCGGCCACUGUCUAGACUGUGGACCUUUGACCUCUCCACCCCUUGGAGUGUUUAAACCCAAAAGUCCCCUUUGGGGAUAGACAAAGCCCCAUUCUUCUCCACGGACCCAGCCUCUGCCCUGAGACCUUCGAAAGCGCACGCGUGAGCCUGCAGGCAGUGUGGGGACACGGAUGGUCACAUGGGCAGAGGCCGGCCACCGCGCUGCCGGGUGGCCCCUUGUGGCCGUGAGUCCCACUGUAUCCGUCGGCUCCCGGGAGCCGAAAAGGGCUUUUGUUUUUAUAUCCCAGAGUAAAUCUCCCUUCUCCAGGGACAAGUGCCUCAAAAGGGCCUGGCCUGCUGGCUGGGAGGGGAGGAUGCCUCUAUAUUCGUGGUGAGGACGCACGUUAAAGGCCACGGCCCCCCUCACACCCACGGAAGGAUGGCUGUUUGGGGUGCGGGGGCCAUUGGCUGGCAUCCACAUCUUGUGUGGACGCUGAACAUUUCUGCUAAGAGACUCUGUCCCCCGGUUCACGGGCAGUUGUCACAAGCUUUCAUGGGCUUCCAGACCUCUGGCGGAACCUGUCCCCGCCCUGAGCUGCUCUUCCCGCCGAACCUAUUCCCCGCCUCCCCCCCUCACCAGCUGCCUGGAGACCCACAGAAGUGCCUGCCUCUCUGAUAAACAUGGGGUGCAGAGCAAGGGGACGAAUGAGAAAGGGAGAAGCCACCCCAGGCUCUGGGAGGUGGCCUUAGCUCCCCAGAGCCCAGGCCAAGGUCACUGGAGCCAUUUGCAGAGGUGGGGUCUGGGAGUGACUUUUGUGACCCACGUGCUUUGCCUCCAGGAAGUCCCAGAGAAAGCAGUUUGGAAUUGGGCUCCGUGCUCCCCAGGCACGUGGCGUCUGCCAGGAAGCUACAUCGGGAUCUUGGGGACCAGAGUUGGCAUUUUGCCAGCCAGAGGGGUACCCAGCAUGUUUCUGGGACCCCAUUAACAUCUCAGGUUUCUGUCUCGUCCUGUAUCUCUCUUCUCACCGAAGGUAACUGCAUUUUCUGUGUCCCUAAGGUGGGCCUGGCCCCUGCACCCUCCGGGUGGCUUCUCCCUGACCCCCACAGUUCCUGUGAGUGCCUUGUCCCAAACCCUCCUGGCUGGGACCCCUGGCUGGGGAAGGGUCUGUCAGACUUUGCUGGGGGCUGGGCUCUGGGACACCCCAAACUUGACACCCCAGAAAGCAAAUAAAACAGUUGAAAUACA